UUUAGCUGAGCUGAUUGCAGUUUUGUAGUGGACAUCAUGAAACUGCUUCCUCUUCUCUCCCUCCUUACUUUUCUGGCCAUUACUCAGAACAAAUCAGUGAGGGCUGAUAAGAAGCACAAUGAAAAGAAGAAACACACUCACAAGUCUGGACAUGUUUUAACAGAGAAUGGGCAACUGUGUCACUUCCCAUUUCAAUAUGGUAGGAUGAUAUACAACUCCUGUAUCAAGAUAGGCAAGCAUGGACCCAGAAAAUGGUGCUCUCUCACCAAGAACUACGAUAGAGACCAGAGCUGGUCAUACUGUUUAGAGGGACAUGAACAUAAUAUACGCGAUCACUGUGAGAAUGAUCCAUGUAAGCCGAGGGGUGUAUGUGAAAGCACGUUAAAGGGCUAUCAUUGUGUAUGCAAAGAGUCGUAUACAGGGAAGCACUGCCAGACAGAUAAGUGUUUUGAUAAAAAACGCCUUCAGUACUUUGAGCCUAGAGAGGAAUGGUUGCGUUACUCACCUCCAGUCCUAGAGAAAUGUGGGUGCACAGAAAAGGGAAUUGUUUGCAAACAUACAACGGGUCAUGCAUGUUCCAAGAAUCCAUGCCUUCAUGGAGGACAUUGCAUCCAGUACAACAAAAUGACGGCAUGUGGUUGCAGCCCAGGGUUCAUUGGAACCCACUGUGAAAUUCACCAAAAAGAGACAUGCUACACUGGAAAAGGCAUUGGAUACAGGGGAACAGGAAAUACAACAUUGUCUGGAGCACCCUGUUUGCACUGGGACUCUGAUAUCAUUGAGCAUGAAGUAUCCAUGUACGGUGGCCAUCGAGGAAAAGUUCAUGGCAUAGGUUCUCAUCCAUACUGCAGGAAUCCUGAGAGGGAUACACAACCCUGGUGCUUUGUUAUGAAGGAGCAAAGACUGAGCUGGGAGCAUUGCCUCAUUCCACGUUGCACCCAGCCGCCAGGCACUGCUGCACCACCAAAAGUCACUGAAACUCCAUCUCCAACAAAAAGUUUCAACCAAUCAACAAGUAGCCCUAAACCCACAAACAAUACACAGGGACCAGUGGAUGGGCGCAUAGACCUACCUGUGGAUUGUGAAAGAAAGUUUCAGAAGACCCCAUCUAUCAUGCCAAGGAUUGUCGGGGGCCUAGUAGCUCUGCCUGCAUCCCAUCCUUACAUUGCUGCACUGUACAUCAGCAAUCAUUUUUGUGGAGGGUCUCUUAUCUCAUCAUGCUGGAUAGUAACUGCAGCUCACUGCUUAGAGCAACGACCAAAUGUGACGAAGAUCUCUGUGGUGUUAGGACAAAGCCGUUUCAACAGUACAGAUCAGCACACAGUUACACUCUCAGCUGAGAAGUAUAUUUUGCAUGAAAACUAUUCUGGGGACACCUUGCAAAACGAUAUCGCACUGGUGAAGGUGAAGUCUAAAAAUGGGCUUUGUGCAGAGUUUUCUCAGUUUGUGCAGCCUAUAUGCCUCCCUCAACAGUUCAAGAUGGCAGAAAUUACAAAGCAGUGUGUAGUGGCUGGAUGGGGUCAUCAAUAUGAAGGAGCAGAACGCUAUGCAUUUUUCCUGCAGGAGGCAUCUAUGCCUAUCAUCCCUUACACCCAGUGCCAGUCUCCUAAUGUCCAUGGUGAUAGAAUGAUGCCAGGGAUGCUCUGCGCUGGCAUGAUGGAGGGAGGAGUUGAUGCAUGCCAGGGGGAUUCUGGAGGACCUUUAGUGUGUGAAGUGGAUGGACGCAUUGAAUUGCAUGGCGUAGUAAGCUGGGGAUCUGGAUGUGCUGAAGAGAACAAGCCUGGAGUAUAUACUGCUGCCACCAGCUACACGGGCUGGAUCAGAGCCAACAUUAGCUGAGCUGCACAAUAACUCAACAUCUUUACCUCAUAAUUAUGCCUUGUGUGCCCACCUUCAAAAAACACAGAGACACUUUCAAUUUACUAACAUUUCACUUCUUAGAAUUUGUGCUUAGUGCAAUGCAUCCAAAUUUUCUCUAAUAGCUCAUAGACUUUGCAAGCAAAAAAAGAUCUGCUUUAUAAUGUAUGUGUAUAGAAGUUUUCUUUGUGUCCUGGUGUUACAUUUGAGCAUACACAAGACGAGUGCAGCUUAGAGAGAAUAUAGUAUGUAUCCAAUACCAUACAAGAAACUACACAUAUGAGCAAAUGUAUACCGACAAAUACAAGAGGUCCUCUGCACUCAACUCAUUAUCAAUAUAUUAAGGACAUUAAGAAAGUUUGUGCCAUAAGCUGCUAAAAAUGCCCUCCCCUUUAAACAAAACAGGGAUUGUUUGUCCAUAUAUUCCAAUAUAUUUAAGCUGGUCAUCUACUUCAAAGUCAUCCCUGGUUUGGCCAGUUCUACAUUUAUUUUCAUCUAAUUUUUUAAGAAUUCAUUAUACAUUUUACACAGGGACUUCGUUUACCCGCAACUCCAUGUGUAAAGUGUAUAAUGAAGCAAUAGAAUUCUUAGUGAACCAGAUGAAAGUUGAGUGCAGGGCUGGCCAGACCAGGGACGACAUAUUUGUCUAUAUGAAUUUUAUAGUCACAGCUUAAUUGCUCCCCACUUAAUGGAUUAAAAAUUAAUGGUGAGCACCCUUUUUAUUGCUAUGAGUAAAUGUAUUGCAAAUACCUGAUAAACUAAUGCUCCCUACACCUAGUUACAACAUCCAGCUGGCUCUUUGAUACAACUAGUCAUGCAUUAAUAAAUUUAUAGUUUUCAUUUGCCUAACCUAAUUCAUUAAUGUAUUGCACCUAUUAAACUAAAGGUGUGUAAUUGGCUUAUUAUAAUUCAGGUUGCAAGCAGACAAUUGCAGUCAUCCUGCACUAUAUAUUAGAGUGAUAGCCUGUGCCAACUUUGGGUACACUGGAUAACACAUGCAGAUGUUUAAUCACUAUUCAGGAGAAAAUGGGUUCAGGUGAGGCUAGAAAAGGAUUUAUUUAAGGGCUGCACAUUAUAAUCAUGAGUCUUUUUUUUUCAAACUCAACAAAUGAGUUACUAGUUAAUGCUUGUAUACAUAGAAAUAAUUGCUGAUCUAUUCUAAAAAGUAAAAUAAUUUUAAAAACAUAAUACAAAUGCAUGUUUUUAAGUAUGUUACAUAGUUUUUUAAAGGAUGCAUUCUAUUUAUGUAUCGUUAAUGGAAUUCUUCCACUGGCCUUUCCAGCUCUCCAGAAUAGGCAGCCUAAUCUUAACGACAGAUGCAAGAGGAUGUUCCACUGGGAAUGCUGCCUACCAGCUCUACAUUAGUCAUUUUGCUGGAGAUCAACUUGUAAAAAACAUUACUUCUUUUGCAUAGUGGACUCCCAGCAUGAAUGCAUGCCAGUGGCGUAAUUAGAUGUUACUGGGUCCCCCAGUAAAUUUAAUUUAAGGACCCAAAGCAUUGACCUAUUCUACCAAGAUACAGUAUAUGGUAACUGCUCAUUAAUGCCUUACUGUGCCCUUUACAUUCCCGGGCCCCUCUGCAAGCGCAUGGUCUGCUUCCUUUAUAGUUACUCCACUGAUGCUUGGUUAUAGAGUAUGCAGUGAGCAUGUCGUUCUAAACCUUUAACAUUUAGGAAGCCCUUGACAGAGCAACAGGCUUAUAGGGAUUAUAUAUAAUAUUAAUAACAUUUGAUCUACAAUUUGUGCAUAAUGCUAUAUUUCUAAAUACCAAUAAAAGAUUUUAAUUAUUUUCUUUAA